GCCUGAUAUUUACGCACUCUCCCUGUGACCAGUGUGACAGGAAACCUUGUGCUGCUGAAGUGGGAAAAACCGACGGGUAUUACUGUGUCUCUGGGUCUGUCUCAUCCUGAUCCCUCUCUCUCUCACUGUCUCACUGGCGACUGGAAUCAUGGCUCCCUUCUUUGGCCUCAUUAUUGUGUGCUCCAGGCAGCCAGUGCCGCUCCGUGGGAUCUCGGUGGAGGUGCAGGUAAAAGGCUUCGUGGCUGAUGUAUGUGCCACACUGAGGUACAAGAACACGGAGGAGAAGCCCAUAGAAGCCAUCUUUGUGUUCCCUCUGGAUCAGGACUCUGCCGUGUACAGCUUUGAGGCCACGGUGGAAGGGAAGACGAUAGUGGCAGAGCUACAGGAGAGGGAGCAGGCUACCAAAACCUACGGUGAGGCCAUCAGUAAGGGCCAGCAGGCCUUCUUAUUGCAGGAGGAUAAGAGCUCUGGCGACAUCUUCAGCUGCAGCGUUGGGAACCUACCCCCUGGGCAGGAGGCCGAGGUGAAACUGAGCUUCGUGCAGGAGCUGCCAUUGGAGGCAGAUGGUGCUGUGCGCUUUGUGCUGCCCGCUGUCCUGAACCCCAGAUACACCCCAAAAGAUCAUGAGGAGAGCAUUACCGCUCAGGUACCCCGUGUUCCCAUCGGCCAGAUCCCCUACACCUUGGAUCUAACUGCUCACUUCCAAUCAGCAUACGGCAUCUCCAAGAUCCAGUCCAACUGUAACAUCUCCCCAGUGGAAUAUACUGAUUCAGACAAGACUGCAGCCAAGGUGUCACUGGCCCAAGGGCACAAGUUUGAGCGAGACGUCGAGCUUCUGGCUUAUUACAUGGAUGUGAACAAACCCAGUGUUGCAGUAGAGGCGGGACUUCCUGAUGCCAAAGCUGACACCUUGAUGGCAGAUCCAGCCGUCAUGCUACAGUUUUACCCAAGUUUCCCAACAACUCAAGAGCAGUCCAACAGCGGAGAAUUCCUUUUCCUCAUGGACAGAUCUGGGAGUAUGGAGUGUGGAAUGAAUUCUGAGCCAAAUGCCCCACAGCGUAUUGAGAGCGCCAAGGAGACUCUGGUUCUGUUGCUGAAGAGUUUGCCGCUCGGCUGCUACUUCAAUAUCAUCGGUUUUGGGUCUCGCUUUGAGUUUUUCUUCCCGGAAACUAUAGAGUAUACCCAGGAGUCAAUGGAUGAAGCUGUGAAGAAGGUGACCCAGAUGGAGGCCAACAUGGGGGGGACAGAAAUCCUACAGCCCUUAAAGAAGAUCUACAAAACAGCUGUGAGACCUGAUCACCCCCGGCAGCUCUUUGUUUUCACGGAUGGAGAAGUUGGGAACACAAAGCAAGUGAUAGAAGAAGUUCAGAGGAACGCCCAUAAUCAUCGGUGCUUUGCCUUUGGAAUCGGGGAAGGCGCCUCCACUUCUCUCAUUAAAGGCAUUUCCCGAGCGGCCGGAGGGACCUGUGAGUUUAUCACUGGGAAGGAAAGGAUGCAGCCCAAGGUGCUGAAGGCGCUGAAGAAUGCGCUACAGCCCACGGUGAAGGAGAUCUCACUGAAAUGGACUCUUCCUCCUGGAAUGGAGUCUGUUCUGCUCUCAAAACCCCCCAGUAAUAUCUUCCAGGGUCACCGAGCGAUUGUCUAUGCUCAGCUGAAGGGAAAGGUGAGUAACACCUAUCGACGAGGGCAAAGAAGAGAAGUCUCCCUCGAGUACAAAUUUAAAGACGAGAAUUUCAGGAACUCAAUAAAGUUCCCUUUUAAGGUUGAAAAAGUUGAAAGACCCACCAUCCACAGACUUGGGGCCAAGGCUCUAAUCUCUGAGCUGGAGAAUGGGGCAAACUCAGAGUCAGAGGAAGUGAAGAAGCGGAUUGUAGAGAGCAGCACCCAGUCUGGGGUCAUCUCCUCUCUCACAGCCUUUGUGGCUGUCAAUAAGGAAACCAAAGCCCCCGUGCAAGGACCUCCCAUCCGCAGAGACAUCCCAACUCCUGGAUUAAUGUUCGGGAUGCCUUUGGCUUGUCAGCAGAGUAUGCCAAAUGCUAGAUUAAAGAUGAGACCUAUGGCUUGUAACAUGGCACCCGGUAUGUCACUGGACAAUCGAACUUGCAAAAUGAGGUCUCCUCCAAAGGCUGCAGAAAUGGAAAAAUCCAAGAAAUCAUCACAUUUUAAAAAAUCAGCCGCUAAAGCCACACCAGUCGCUGCUCAAGCAAUGGAGGCCCCGGCCCUUUUCAGACUGAUCUCUUUGCAGAAAGCUGAUGGUUCCUGGGGUCUCAGCGCGGAUUUGGCCUCUGUACUGGGGGUGUCCCUGAAGGAGAUGCAAGAAAGUAACCCCAAACAGAACCCUGACCCUGCUGUGUGGGCGACGCUAUUGGCUGUGAUCUGGCUCCAUGCCCGCUGUUUGGAUCAGAUAGAUGAGUGGGAGCUGCUGGAGGACAAAGCCGUGUCCUGGAUCAAGUCCCAAGCAGGUUCCUCCCUGACAGAUUCCAUCAGUGCCGGGAAUGUUCUCCUGAAAUCCACAGUGGAUCCCGCGGAGUUGGGCCUGUGAGGAGAGACAGGAGAGGGAAGAGGAAGACUUUCCCCCCGAUUACUGGGAAGUUGACUCCAGUUCCGGGUGUUAUUGCUGCUUCGGUUUGGCUUUAAUCCUGUAACAAAGCUGCUUUAUAUUGGGCCCAUGUCACCUAAGUGCCAGUUUAGCUUCCUCCUGCCCUACUUACCCCCACCCCGGAAUGUACCACUGUAAGAACUCAGAGAGAGAGAGGGGUGCAGUUUGUGAAACUGGAUAGAAAAUAGGGAGUGGAAUGCGGUGAGGUUUCCCCAGCACCACUCUCUAACUCCCUGCUGGGUGCAUGGGUGUCAAGUGGGUGCCAUUUAUACCUGGGUAGGUUCAACUAUGGUGCAGAAUAUUACAGCCUUUAAUGUACCACACUCUUUGCACUUUCUCUUGUGCAGCAUAACUGUUAGCUCACCUGGCCCAGACUGCACUUAACCCUUUGCCUUGCUGGACUCCUAGUGUGCCUUGUGGUCAAAACCCCAUGAUGCUUUGCACUUUACCCAAAACUUACUCUUUUAGCCAAAGCCUCAGGUUCAAUAACCAGACACUGUGGCCCUAUACUCUCAGCACUCUUUUAAAGGGGAACUUUGCCUGGAAUCAAUACAUUUUACAGGAAACUUAACAUAGUCAGCAAAUUGGCUUGGGAUUCAUGGGAAAACACUGACACGCCAGAAAUCCCAGCAGUUCCCACCUGUGCAAAUUCUGAUGUGGGAAUUACUGGGAAAUCGAAAUAUACUGCCCUGUGUGCCAUAAGCCUCAUAAUACCCAUAAUGCCAUAGUGACCCUUGGGGCAAAUCCCAUCCCUAAAUGCAAUGCACUAAUACAGAUACAUAGUGUUGCAGUGAUACAUUAAUACAGUUAUACAGUGAUACAUUCAUAUAUUCAUACAGUUAUACAGUGACAGUAAUACAGUUAUAAAGUUAUACAGUGACAGUAAUACAGUUAUAAAGUUAUACAGUGACAGUAAUACAGUUAUAAAGUUACAGUUAUAUCUCUGUUUUUUUCUCAGUAACUCUCAUAGUGAUGCUUCUGUUUAAAUCUUCAUAAAAUACAAAGCAAAAGCCA